AUGGGGCUCGUAGAGCAAUUAGCUGGAUUUUCCACAGACGUGGCGGCCGCCAAGGGACCAUUACGGCCAUUGCUAAGUUCCCGAAAUCCUUAUGUGUGGACACCGGACCAAGAAAGUGCCUUCGUGGCGGUCAAAGCGGCGUUAACGGCGCCGCCGAUACUGGCCCACUUCAACCCGGAACUCGACACAGCGCUCCAGGUGGACGCUCCCCGAAAAAAUGGGAUGGGGUAUGCCCUCCUGCAACGCCACAACGAAGUAUGGAAGCUUGUCGACGCCAAUUCGCGAUGGUGCACCGACACCGAGACCAGGUACGCGAUAGUGGAGCUGGAACUCGCAGCUGUGGAGUGGGCCAUGCGAAAAUGCAAAUUAUAUUUGCUGGGGCUCCCAACGUUCACCCUGAUGAUCGACCACCAGGCGCUAGUAACAAUUCUGGACCGUUACACCUUGGACGCGGUCGAAAACCCGAAAUUGCAACGCCUAAAGGAGCGGCUGACGCCUUUCGUCUUCACAACCGUGUGGAGGAAGGGGCGGGAUCAUGCGAUUCCGGACGCAUUAUCACGCGCUCCAGUGAACGACCCUGGACCAGAGGUUGAGGCGGCCAAUGAUGACGUUCAAGCAUUUGCUCGGACCAUGACGCUGAGGCGGGUAGCAGCCAUCACCGCCAAAAGCUCGGACGACGACGAUCAAUCAGAACCGUCGCUCGAUUCACCGUCCGUACGCAGGGACAUGGUGAUCGACAGCCUACGCGAGGUAGCAGCAGCCGAUGCAGCGUAUUGGGAACUCAUAGCCGCCGUCGAAUCCGGAUUCUCCGCUCGUCGUGACAGGACCGCCCCAUCCGUGCGGCAAUACUGGACGAUCCGGCAGGAAUUAUCUGUGGACGACGGCCUGGUGCUCUUCGGAAAGCGCAUCGUCAUACCCCAACGCUCCCGCCGCGACAUCCUCGCGAAACUUCACGUCGCCCACCAGGGGAUCGUGAGAAUGAAAAGACGAGCUCGUCAAACGAUCUACUGGCCCGGCCUAAACAACGAUAUAAUAUCGAUGGUCGAGCGCUGCCAGGCCUGCCAAGAACGGCUCCCGUCUCAACAACGGGAGCCCCUCCUCCGCGACGUCCUACCGGAGCGCGUCUUUGAGGAAGUAACGGCGGACCUGUUUGAAUCCGGCCGCCUGCACGUGCUGGUUUAUACCGACCGUCUAUCGGGAUGGCCGGUCAUCCACCGUUGGCAUCACGCCCCGACUGCACGCGAAUUAAUUCAGGCAGUAACCGGAAAUUUUGUCGACCUUGGCGUCCCCACUCGAUUCAGAAGCGACGGCGGCCCACAGUUCGCAGCAAACGCUUUUCAGAACGCGCUACGGAAUUGGGGCGUGGAAUGGCAGAAUUCGUCGCCGUACUACGCCCAAAGCAAUGGCCAUGCCGAGGCCGCGGUGGACGCCAUGAAACGCCUGGAACACGCCAAGAGAAAACGGGAUGUCCCCCGCUGA